UCCGGUCAACGCAGAGAUGCUUCGGAUUUUGAUCGGUCAACGCCAGCUGCUCACCUGAGCACCAACGGGCCCAACAGUGAUGACGUCCUCCGCCCCUGUUUCUGUUUGGCUGAUUCUGCUGUUUGGAACCUCCAUAAGCUCGCUGCCAACAUAGAAGGUGACGCAUUGAACGCGUUGAAGACCAAUCUAGCUGAUCCAAACAAUGUUCUGCAGAGUUGGGAUCCGGCUCUCUACAAUCCCUGCACCUGGCUUCAUGUCACUUGUAAUAGCAAAAACAGGGUUACUGUGGUUGAUCUUGCCAAUGCCAAUCUCUCUGGUCAUCUGGUGGCACAGCUUGGUGUGCUUUCCAAGUUGCAGUACUUGGAACUUUCCAAUAAUAGCAUAACUGGAAACAUUCCCGAAGAGAUUGGGGGUUUGUCAGACUUGGUGAGCUUGGAUCUUUACUUGGCAACCUUGCAAAACUGCGUUUCCUGUUACAACCGAAUUCCGUACCCGAACAGAAUUACGAACUCGCACCGUGCCACUAAUACUGCGGCUGUUGCUGGUGCUGCUUUGCUGUUUGCUGCUCCUGCAAUUGCACUUGCUUAUUGGCGACGAAGAAAAUCACAGGAUCAUUUAUUUGAUGAACCUGCUGAGGAGGAUCAAGAAGUUCAUUUACGACAGCUCAAAAGGUUUUCUUUGCGCGAGCUACAAGUUGCGGAUACCUUUAGCAACAAAAAUAUUAUUGGUAGAGGUGGCUUUGGUAAGGUUUAUAAAGGAUGCUUAGCUUUGGCUUUUGGUAGAGGAGGAUCAAAAGUAUUAUUGGUCGAGUUGGCUUUGGCUUUGGCAAGAUUACAAUUCAACAGUCCGGUCCCAAAUGAUAUGCACAUUGGUUCCGUUCCCUGUAUACAUGUAAGAAGCCUUCAGAGGACUAGAGAAGAUCCAUUUUGUAUUUCAGUCAUACCACACUUGUGCAUAUGUUUUGUCUUUGUUUUUUAUUUUGUUUUUGUCUCAUGUAUUUUUUAGAUCACAAAAAUGGAGCUGGCGUUGUUUUAAUUUUUAUAGGGUUAACUGGCAUUACGAAGUUAUAUGGUGCUAGCAUGAAUUAGGAAGGGCCAUAAAAGUACUCGUUCCUGAUGAUUUAUGUAUCUAUCCAGAAAUUAGUUCAGAUUGUCGAGUAAAUAAUCAUUCUGAACUUAUAACU